GGGGCCGCCGCGGGCAGCGGGACACACCGGGGCGCACCGGGGCACCGGGACCCCCAGCGGCACCGGCACCGCCACCGGCACCCAGCGGGGCAUCAGAGAUCGGCACCCACCUCACCUCACCUGACCUCACCUGACCCGACCUCACUCGGGCCAGGCCACCGACACAGAGCCGGGCCGGGACACCGGAGAUCGGCACCGGACACCGGCACCCUCAGCCCACCCUCACCAGGCCGGGGGACGCGGGAGCGGCACCCCCGAGCGAUCCCGCAGGGCCGCGCGUUCGCCGGUUCCUUUCGCCGGUUGCUCCCGCGGGCGCUCCCCGCGCUGUCCCGGCCGGGCGCGGUGCCCGGGGCUGUGAGGGGAGCGGGCCCGGCACCGCACGGAGCCAUGGCCAUCGCGGCCGUGCCCGCGGCCGAGGCCCGGCUCUGCGGAAACUGCAAAAAGGAUAUUCCCGCAGUCAACUUCAUCAUCCACGAAAUCCACUGCAGAAGGAACAUUGAAAUAUGCCCCUACUGCAGCGAUUCCAUCCCCAAGUCUGAGAUGAAGAACCACAUUGAGGCUGAACACGUGCAGGUCACCUGCAAGUGCAGGAUGAAGAUGGAAAGCAGCCUCCUCAAGGAUCACCAGGCCUCGUCGUGCCCGCUGCGCCCCGCGCUGUGCCAGUUCUGUGACCUCCAGCUGGCCUUCAACAAGCUGCAGGAGCACGAGCUGUACUGCGGGGCCAGGACCGAGCCGUGCGGGCGCUGCGGCCGCCACGUCCUGCGCCGGGAGCUCCGGGAGCACCCCCGGGCCUGCGGGGAGGCGGCGGCGGCCGAGGGCGGCGGGACAGCGCCGGCACCCGGGAGCGGCGGCGGAGGCGGGAGGAGCCGGCAGGGGGCAGGGGAUGAGCUAGAGAGACCUGAAGUCCUUCAUUCCCAACUUCCUGAGGACUGGAACGCUGAUCUGGACUAUGUGUUGGCUCUCAGCCUGCAAAGUGAGAAUAAUCCUCACCAGAAUCCUGCAGCUGACAUUCCCAGGGAUUUCUGGGAAUACGACUACACCAAAGAGCCUGAACAAUCUGCCCAUCCUGGUGGAAUGGACCUGUCCAACAUCAUCUCCUGUGACUCUCCAGGGUCCUUCAGCACAUCAAACCACAGCAAAAUAGACAAGGAGAUGAUCAUGUUGCCCUGCGAGUUCUGUGAGGAGCUGUGUCCUGCUGAAGAUCUGAUCCUUCACCAGACAGGGUGUAACCCAGCAAGUGCCUUUGCCUCGUUCAGUAAGAGAAGUUCCUCUCCAAAUCCAUGGGAAUACAGCGGUCUGAGGGCUGGGGGCAGCCACAGGGCUGUCCCUGCAGCCCAGCCCCAGGCAGAAGGAGACGUCAUGAUCCCGUGUGAAUUCUGUGGCAUCCAGCUGGAAGAGGAGAUCCUCUUCCAUCACCAGCACCACUGUGACCUGCGCCCUGCCAGCCCCACGGGUGACACCCCGGCUGGGCAGCCGCCACCUCCUCAGCCCCACGGGGACAGCCGGGAAUCGCCGGAGCCGGCGCGGCGACGCCUCCGGCACCAAGGAGAUGUUUCUCCCUGGCACGCAGAAGGCUUUGGGAAGCUGGGGCUGUGCCCUGCUGCGGGGACCAGGCUGAGGACGGAGGUGGCCAAGGCUGGGAAUGUGGCACUGUCCCCUCCGGGGAGAGCUGGGGACGCCCCGGCCCCGCGGGGGAGGCCCGGGAAGGGCAACGGCAGCGAGGGGACACCGAAGGACAGAGGUGACUCUGCAGCUGGGACAGCACCCCGGGCAAGACCUGCUCAGCACUUCCAGGCAGAAACCUUCACUUCCAGCUCCUCCAGGGCCUCUCCAGCCCAGCCGAGCUCCAGCGCCGCCGGAGGGAGGAGCCUGGCGCUGCCGGACGGGCGCGGCCUCCGGCGCCGCAGCUCCAAGGCAAAAGCUCAGAGCCCAGCAGCCGGACACCCCGAGGAGUGAGCGCUGCCUGUGGAGCACGCAGAGCCCGGCCCCGCUCCCAGGCUCUGCACAGGCAAAUUCUGACACCCAGCUUCAGUUUGUAGGCAGUGACCAUUUUCUAAAUCUCUAUUUUUAAUCUGUGAGACCAAACUUCAGGUUUUUAUGUCUCUGAUCGCUUCAAGCAUCAUCCUCAAGGCAUCAAACUGAGUCUCACCUUGGGCCCUGCCUGAGUUCUGUGUCCGUGUGGGCUCCUCGUGCCCUGGGGUGGGAUUUGUGCCACCCCGAGCUCUGGUGUGUCCUGCCCUGGAGUGCUCAGGCAGGUGACACCAGCAGGGAGGUGACACCAGCAGGGGGGUGACACCAGCAGGGAGGUGACACCAGCAGGGAGCAGUCCAUGCUCUGCCCUGUCCCACACAGCAGGGCUGAGGCUUGGGGCUCCAGGGCUGCUCAGCGCUGCAUUUUCAAGUUAAAGCUUCUUGAGUUCCUUGGAAUAAACUUUCUCUGAUGCUGUCCCAAA